AUGCCAAAGCAGUCUCGAAAACGACAAAGGACCGUAACCGGAGCUUCAGAAGCAACGAAACCGCUCGGUUCCACUCAUUCGGAUGAUGGAAGCGAAGACGACGAGGAAAGGCGGCUAGAGAGUCUGUUGUUUGGAACAGCAUAUACAGUUCGUGACGAGGACGACGCGUAUGAUGCGUAUGAGCCACCGUAUCAGGAUGACAGAACGGGAGAUAAGGUGUUCCAAAACCUUAUGGACACCGACCUCUUCUUUGUCGACGACACUGUUGGCGAAGGCUCCAGUGAAGUAGGAGAAGAAUUACUUAACGAGGAGGCUUCAGCACACACAUUGAUACGUGGAGGAACGCGGGAGUCCCAUUUGGAUAGCAAGACUUCGCCAUGGGAUGAUUCGGAUGACACAACCCUCAAUCUCUCUCUCGUAACGAACCAACGCCUCCGCAAACUUCGCGACGCAUUGUCCGAAGAUGCGGUCGGUGGAAAAGAGUACGAGAGACGGCUCAGACGUCAAUUCGAGAAGGUUAAUCCCACCCCCGACUGGGUGAUGAAUGCCCGCAAGAACGCUCCUGGACAGACCGCUAAACGGAGGAGAUCUUCAGAUUCUCUGGAAUCUGUAUCAGACGAGGAAGAACUGUCGGAACUGCUGUCUGCUACCAAUGGAGUAGUGUCACGCUCGCAUAAGGGGAAGGUUCUCUCUCCGGGCACGCUUACUAUACAGCGUCUACGCGACGCUAACAUCACAGCGAAGUCUGACGGCGAACUUAAAGCAGUCAAGUUUCACCCCUCACGUCGUGUCCCGGUGCUGCUUACUGCUAGUUCCGAUCGACGUCUACGUUUGUUCAACGUCGACGGUCAUACCAAUCCGCAUCUCCAAACGAUUCACAUACCUUCCCUCCCACUUACCACGGCUCACUUCCAUCCCAGUGGUACCUCAAUACUUCUCACAGGCCCAAGACCAUUUUACUAUGUAUAUGAUCUUCAGUCAGGCGAUAUGCAUCGCUCACCGCGAGGGUUAUGGGGUACGACGUUCUCCAGUGCCAACCCAGCGUCACAAGAUGCGAGUAUGGAGGUGUGCUCCUUCAAUCCUUCUGGCGAAAUUCUCGCAGUCGCUGGCCGUAGAGGAUAUGUCCACCUUGUUGAUUGGCGAUCAGGUCAAGGGCAAGUGGUCGGGAACGUCAAAAUGAACGCGGCAGUCAAAUCUCUGUGGUGGUCGAGGGGGGACCUGAUGACUUUAGGAGAAGAUGCUCAGGUGUAUGUCUGGAACGUUGGCGAACGGCGGUGCAUACGGCGAUGGAGAGAUGACGGCGGCUUCGGAAGCCGCAUUCUUAGCGGGGAUCGAGCAGGCCAAUAUGUUGCAAUAGGUUCUCAUACAGGAUUGGUCAACGUAUACGAUUCAAGUCGGGUCCUAUCCUCGGAUACUCAGAGAGCGAAGCCGCUGAAAUCAAUAGGCAACCUCACCACAUCGAUAACAUCACUCUGCUUCAAUCACGAUUCACAGCUACUAGCGAUUGCGAGCAACACCAAGAAGGAUCAGAUGCGCAUGAUCCAUCUCUCUUCCAUGACGACAUUCUCGAAUUGGCCUACAUCCGGUACUCCCAUAGGGCACGUCACUAGUGUCGACUUCUCAAGCGGGAGUGAGUACGUGGCCGUUGGAAACAAUCGAGGUCGCGUAUUGCUGUAUCAUCUUAGCGAUUUUUCUCCGCAAUGA